UUCCGUUCAAGUCAGUCUACGAGCGACAACGUUUAAGGAAGGUCGCGCUGUUUCGCAUCCCCGCAGAAAUUUUUGCCGCUUAUUGCUUAUUAAUGUAAAUCCGGUGAAUUAUAUAUAUACUACUAUAUAUUACACAUAUAUAAUCUAUCUUGCCGCAUCCCAAAUAAAAAAAAACGAAAAAGUAAAUAUUUACUGUUCGAAACGGGAGGAAAAACUAGUCGCGACAGCGAAGCGAAGAACUGAACGGAAAGCGCCGAAAGUGUCAGUGUCGUGUCGUGGAAAACUCACCAGGCCACGUUCUGUUCCGAGGAGAAGAAAAAAAUAGAUAUCCGGAAAAUCUUUGCUUCGGACCGUUUCGAGUAGGCAAAUUAUAGUGUGACACAGCAAAACGGACGAAUAUCGUGACGACGUCGAAAAAGUUUACUGUGUGUUGUCUUCAACUAUCUAACCGGCGAAAGAGAAAAACUAACGCGAAAACAUAUAAAAACGCUCCAUCUUUGCCGAAAAAAUAACGAUCAAGACUUUUGCGCAAAGUUUGCCAAGAACAAGAAGCCGCUUAGUCGUUUCGAUUGAUUUAUUUCCCGCCCACGGUUUUCCAGUAAUCCGUAUUUCCGUUAAGUUUCCGUUUACUGCCGAGACAGCGUGUAGCUUCGCAUUCACCACCACACGGGGUGACACAGGAAAAAAAAACAGUAGGCGUACGCCGAAAAGAACAAUAGAUAAAUAAACAGCUGUCACCAGCUUUUCGACAGACACCUUCCUGUAGCUGUCAUUGUGUGUUUCUGGGUCCGCGGUUCGUUUGGUCCCUUGAAACCAAAGUGAACCUAUGAGUUGCUGAAGGACAAAACUAUAGAUUGUAACUAGCAAUUAAAUGGAAGACAGAAGCAACCUUAAGGAGGAACAUUUUUAUUCCUCCGCAAGCUAAAACGAAGUUCUUUCCCGUAAGUGUUGCUAGCAGUGCAUUCUUCUCCAAAUAACCAAAAAAAAAAGAAAAGUUUCGAAGUCUUCGUCAGCAUCGUGAAGAAGAAGUGCUUCGUGAAAAAUAUGCUCAUGAAAAUUCAUCAAAAUUAACGAAAGUUUGUUGCACCUUCUCCGACGCCAGCGUUAAUUACCGAACGGUUCGCACUCGGAAGGAAGGCACAAGGUAGAAGAAAAUCCAUUUCCCCAACCGAUCGCUUCCAAAGAAGGAAAGAAUCAGUGUGUGAAAAAUUAUUCCAAUAAAUUUUCCGAGAAAAUCGUAAAUAUUUUUAAGAGGCGCACAACGCCGUCGAAGCACAAAAGCUGAAGAAAGUGUGACGGAAUCGCGAAGGUGUGUACGUGAAAAAAAAAGAGAGUGUAGUACAUCAAAGAUCCAAAUUGAUACGUCUGACGGCGAAAACAUAAAGCAGAGCAGCGAACAGGUUAUAGUCGUCAUCAACGGAGCAAGAAAAAAAGAAAAAAAAAGAAAAACAAACAGCAGUCGGAGCACAGCUUGACAACGGACUCAACACCAGAAUUCGCAAAAAUUACAGCGUCCUCCCCCCAUCCAAGUAACGUCCAAACCGGCUUUACGCGUGGUGUAGCUGCUUUUUAUCGGUUCACAAUCCUGGAACUCAACGAGCGCCAGCAUCGCCGCCCCCGCCGCUAGUCGCCUGCUCUUGCACACCGCCCGCUGUCCCUCUUUGCUUCGCUAUUAUCCCUCCCCAGCCCUCGAGGAGCUAAGCUUGUGCUCGUGCUUGUGCUUUUUGCAUCUUCUACCGCAGCAUCCAACAGAAAAGGCGAAGCUCAUUACAUCCUAGAAACAGCCAACUGCACUAUCACACCAAUUAUACCACAGAAAGUAACAGGACCGAAACCGCGCGAAAAAGAACUUGAUAGAAAGCGCGGCCAGAAAGAAGGAGCAAAGCAAAAAAAAAGGAACGCCACACUGACAGAGUUUCUGAUUUCCGUCGCCUGUGAAAGCUGAUAGAAGUCUGCCGCCUCAUUGCCGCUCAGCCGCAGGAUAUCCACGGACGGAGAGCAGAAGUAAUUAGAAGUUACCGAACGGCGAAAGCUGGACAGAAAAAAAAACCGGUUACGGUUCGUAAGGCGAAACCAGGAAACGGCAUAACUCUUCCCAAGGACAAUCAAAACUAGCGUCCGUCGAGUGAACGUAGUGAGAAAGAAGGGCAUCCUGAAACGGGAAGCAUAUUAUUCACUUCUUCAUCAAAGCAGUAGCAGUUGAAAGCUGAGACAGUCGGUCAGUCAGCCAACAUUUGAAAAAAAAAACUCGGACUGAUAGACACAGAGAAAACCAAAAACGUCCGUUCCUGAGUAACUACGAAGGAAUUAAUUUUUUUAAUCUUAGCACCAGAGAAGCAAAGAUCGAGAAGCGGAAGUACCUCUAGUCUUCGGUUUUAAUUGCCAUAGGAAUUAGUUAGCGAAAGCAAACAACACAGACGGAAAGACACUCCGCCGGAGAAAGCUAAAAUCAUCUACAUCGACUUAUCUUGUGAUACAAAACGGAGGCAAAGCUCUGCUGAACGGUGGUUUUGAAACGAAUCACACACUUUAGUAGAAAGGAUUCUUAGUGCAGUCUUAGAAUAACGUUGUCUCCACUCGCAGCGUCAAACGCCGGUAGUCAAUGUUCGUGUAGAUUGUUUCCCAAUUUUAUGCACUUACACAUCUCUCGUUGUUUAGUUUUGUGUAGUUUUACUAGUGAACACAAGUUAAAUUAUCACAUCAUAAAAGUGUUGUGAUUUUCGCGAGUGAGAGAGAGAGAAAGAAAGAAAGAAAGAGAGAGUGUGUGCGAAGUUCCUACAGCUGAGAACUAGCAAACCGUGAAGGCCUAAACGCAUAAACGAAAAGCACACACACACACACAUAUACGCGCGCGCAUACAAAGAAAAAAAUAUAUACACACACAUAGGAAGAGCCCCAGCGAAUGGCUGCUAUGAUGAACAUGACAAAUCUACUGAACGGCAAGGACUCCCGCUGGCUGCAGUUGGAAGUUUGCCGCGAAUUUCAGCGCAACAAAUGUUCCCGCCCGGACACAGAGUGCAAGUUUGCCCAUCCGCCGGCCAACGUCGAAGUACAAAACGGACGCGUCACCGCGUGUUACGACAGUAUUAAGGGUCGUUGCAACCGUGAGAAACCACCGUGUAAAUAUUUUCAUCCACCCCAGCAUCUGAAAGACCAACUGCUGAUAAACGGAAGGAAUCAUCUGGCUCUGAAGAACGCCAUCAUGCAGCAGAUGGGAAUUUCACCUGGACAACCAGUGCUGCCCGGUCAAGUGCCAGUGAACGGUACCACGGCGACGGCAGUUCCGACCGCGGGGGUACCUCCGGCUGCAGCGGCCGCGGCACUCGGAUUUACGAUCGCGUGGGGAGCACACCAUCCGCCCUAUACGACGUAUGUCGUAAGUCACAGCAACGGAAACAAUUGUGUCCCGGCGGCCAUUAUGAACGGUAGUACCGCCCACACGGUCGCGGUGACCUCCACCACCACCAACAAUAACAACAACAGUAACACCUGCACCACCACCCCCAGCCACAAUAACAACAACCACAUCGGCACCAAUAACAAUAGUCAAGGUGGCGCUUGCAAAGCAACCAAUCCUUACCUAACUGGAAUGCCAGCCAGCACGUACAGCCCGUACUUCCCACCCGGUCAUCUGAUGCCGACCCUGCUAGGGCCUGCGGAUCCGUCCGGCGUGUCCCAGCUGGGACCAGUUGUGCAGCAAACCGUCGUUCCGGCACAACAGCAAAAGAUCCCUCGCUCGGAUAGGCUCGAGGUAUGUCGCGAAUUCAUGCGCGGUGCCUGCAAGCGAGCGGAGUCCGAAUGCCGUUUUGCUCAUCCGCAGGAGAGCGUUACAACACACGAAGACGGUUCCGUCACGGUGUGCAUGGAUGCCGUGAAGGGUAGAUGCGCUCGUGAACCUUGUCGCUACUUCCAUCCUCCUUUGCACCUGCAGGCUCAAAUAAAAGCAGCGCAGUCACGCGCAACCGCGAUGGACAUGAAAACGAUGGGAUCUUUUUACUAUGAAAACUUUGCUUUUCCGGGAAUGGUCCCAUACAAACGAACGGCCGCUGAUAAAUCAGGAAUUCCGGUCUACCAACCCGGCGCCACAACCUACCAGCAGCUGAUGCAGCUUCAACAGCCAUUCGUGCCAGUGUCAUAACUGUAUCUAAGCUGAAAUAGCUGCCAUCUUUGUCGUGCUUGAACAACGCCUACUAACAUCCAUUGUUCCAUAUUCUAUCAAUACUAGUAACAAGGUUCUAGAAUUAUGUUAAAUUCAAUAUCGUAUUUGCCAACGAUUUGAUGUAGUCCGCUUCAAUCCAUAUCAAGUUUGAAUGAAAAAACCGCAACUUUAUUUUGCUACUUUUGUUUAUCUUAUAUCUGGAAUAUUGAACAAACAUUUCGCAACAAGCUUUAGAGCAAAUACUGCACCCACCCAAUUUCAAUUCAUUAUGGUUGAUGGUUAGCAAUUAAAAGUUGAAUAAAACUGCUUUGUUUGUUAAGUACGUAUAUGGGAUUUUAAAUGAUGAAUUGCUGUUCGCUGUAUAGAUUCAUUACUGCUAUCUCUUUCUUUUCCACACACCUAGGUUAAGAGUCCGAAAUCGGUAUGCGCAUAUUCGUUAUAAUUGGAAUGGUUUAAAUUGUUUCGGGAGGAUUUUUGCGUUUUAGAAUAUGCCAGCUUUGGGAUCAUUUGAAUAGAGAACAAAUAUUCGCAGACACAAGCGUUAGAAUUUUUUGUAUUCUCCUAUAGAUGAUGAUAAUAGUAUCUGAAUAAGAAAAUUCAAUCAAUAAAACCCUUUCAAAACCAAACAAUUUGAAGGAAAUUGCGAUUAAUAAUUGAUUAAACAAGCAUGUCGAACUUUUUAUUGAAAAAGUAAAUCAUGUUUCUUUUCAAGUUCAAUUCAUACUGAUUCAAGAAAACUAUUUACUCGAAUUUCAUUUUCAGUGGAAUUGAAUUAUCGGGCCUUUCGUUCAAUUUCUUCUAAACUGUCUUUUGCGUCUUUUCAGGAAUACAGUUCAUGAUGACUUAAUUUUUUUUUCUAUUUGACGAAGCUCUGGUAUUAUGAGAGGAUUUAUAGCCUUGGGCGACGCUUUUUGUCCGUAAUGACAAUCCGUGUUGGAUGCAAAACCCAACCAAAAUGGAUCGAAACAAUUGUGUUGCUUGGUAAAAUGCAUCAUGCCUACUACGCCUAGUUGAUGUUUCCGAUCGCGAAGUAAAUGCUGCUCUUUAAGCCACAGAUACAAAUCGUCCUUUAAACGAGAUAUUUUUUAACAGAAUUUUGACGUACAGCUUCUUGAUCGUAUCCAUGACGACUUGUUAAGCUUAUCAUCACGAUUUAGAGUAACUACAUUCUUGAAAGUCGACAGUCAGACUCGCUUUAGCCUUAUGCAUCAAAUCACUACAAUUAAAACUUGUUGAAAUGGCGUGCUUCACAAUUGAUACAGAGUGUUUUUUUUUUGACAAAUUAAACAAGUGACAUUGUUUGCUACUUGGAUAGACGACACUCCCACAUGGCAUGUCGACGAACGUUCUCUAAAACGUUUUAUCACAAUGUUGACAAUUGAUUUGGCCACAUUCUACAAACUCGUUAAUUUGACGUGCAAGCAGUUUGGAGUUUUACGAUACGCCAGUAAAAUUUUGACGCGUUGCUUCUUUUGCUUCGAUUCUAGUUCGAAACCAUUUAGGGUAAAAUUGAAUGAAUAGAAGUAAUUAUUUAUUAGUAAUAAUGACCAUACUGCCUGUACAAGGGAUAUUUACUCCCAUAAGCUAGAGGAUAUCAAAUCCGGGUUCUAGUAGAUCAUAUCAUGGUUGAAAUGAAUGCGCCCGAAUCUAGAGGAUCUAUUUCGUUCAAUUGCAUUCUUGAAACAGCUGGAUCGCAGUUGUACUUUUAUUCAGUUGGAAACGACUGUCCACAAUGUACGGCUAGUUAGACAGUAAAAGUAUCAUCUUUUUUUCAUAAAAUGUAACUUGAACACUCUCAACGUGUAACCACGUAUUUUCAUCUCUAUCAUGAGGAAUUUUCGAGUAUACCCGAUGCCGAAAUGGAAACACCACCACACUUCUACCGGUAGUCAGUGAAAGUAAAGUCCAUACGACUAUCAACCGAAAAUUAUCAGAUAUUCGUGCAGUCAUACUAAUGUAGGGUAAUGCAAUCUAAAGAAAAUAAAUAGCAUUGUAGCAUACCAAUACAUACCAUACCAAUAACCUAGUUUAACCGACGCUGUAUAAGAAAAAACCGUACCUCGAGUAUCACUGAGUACAUUAUACGAACAAGAAUGUUGAUUGUUUGUCCAAAAUCCUUAACCUACUCAAAGAAACAAUUAGUUUUAUUCUUCAGAAAACUUUACCGGAAACAUUGAAUAUGAUGGCUUUGUGAUCAAUUGUUACUCUACAAACCAUUCACUCAGCAUCCAGAAGUCAAUGAAGCUUUACAGAAGCAGUAUUCACGGGUCCAUGUCCUCAUGGUGAUUCUGUAUCUACGCAUCAAACAAAGUAGUUUUAUUUCCCAAAAUGUUAGCUUCUGGAACCUAGCUAACCACAUCUUCACCUAGAUAUUGCAUUUAACCUAACUCGAACCGUUACUAGAAACCUUACCGAUGGAGUUCAGAUGUACUAAACCACUUCUCUGCAUUGUUCUUUCGUAAUCAUCAAUGUCGAGAACACCUUCGUGUUAGUUUAAAGAUAGGGUAAAAGGUUUUUAAGGAUCGAAGUAAAUUGAAUCAUUAUGUAAUCAAAGUUGUGUUUUUAAUAAGUGCCUAAUGACCACAGACAAACACAUUCGUAGUCAACAUUGAAACAAUUUAAAAAAAAAAUCGACAAAUUAGCAAAAAAACGGAAGAAUUGUUUUCAGCCAAGCUUGAAACUGGAAUUCCGCUACCUGCUCUUCCAGUUUUAGAUGCGAAAACCGUUCCACUAUUACAACUUGCUUUAACCAACACACACAUACACAAGCGCAGUUAAAAGUCGAUCAAAUGCUAUUACCAUUUGCAAAAAAAGAUCUCUCAGAAUUUUCUGUUGUCUAAGUUAUUCUAUACUGCAUUGUUGUGUUUUCGAGGGAAAAGUAAGUGUUGCAAACUGGAAUUCAUCCAUAAUAUCUACUAUUUAGUAACUCAGGAUUAUAAAUCCAUCUGUCAGAAUGGUAGACGAAAAAAUCGUGGGAUUUGCAACGAUUAGGAAUUGUUUUAGUUUCGGGAAAGUGCGAACAAUAAGGAUUGUGAAACUACUUUACGUGAUAAUGUGAAUUGAGGAGGAAAAAUGAAACUAGCAAAGUAAAAUUAUACUGUAUAUCGUAGGCAGUAUUUGUAAGUUGAAAACUAAUACUAACGCUGAUAAAAUUUGUAUUUGAGAAAAAAAAACAACACUAUGAAAAUUGUAAAACAAACCAUUAACUAUUACUUAUAUUGAUAUAUAGCAUUAAAAACUAUUACUAUACCAUUAGUUUAUAUUACUAAAAAAAAAGAAAAGUGCAUGUAAUAAAAAGUAAUUGUUUACAUUUCAAUGAAAACACAAAAACGCCAAUAUUAUUUGACAUUUGGUUUGGUUUCGUAACGCAAGUGCUGUACUCGGUUUCCUCUCUCUCUAUAUAUACCUACAUGAUAAAUUUUGUUUCCCUGAAAACGUGUGGCUUGUAAAUAGAUUUGGUUCACGUAUAUAUUCGCUGCCUUCUAUUUCUCUACAUUUCAUUUCUCUAUCUCUACCCGUUCACACAUUUAUUAGUUUUACGUUACUUUCUACUUUCAUAAAACUAUCCUUAUCGUUUGAAAUUUGUUUAGCCUCAUACUCAAAAAGUAUUUAAUGUUUAGGUUUCGCAAACAGACAUGCGCGCUCUCAUCAACCAGUGCUAGAUUAUUCCAUAGCUAACUUGUUCAAUAAGUAUAGUAUUACUAGAUAUUCUUUCAAGUUGCCGAAGCUCCUAAGAAAAUGUUUAUUUACAGUCUUCUAGAAAUAAUACACUACAUAUUUUUUGUGCUUUCAAACAGACAUGUACGAUAGAUGAGCAUCCGGCAGGCAAUCCAUUCAACUGAAGCACCAAUACCAUUACAUGUAACCUCUCGUAGACUAAUCAUGACACCGAGCAAAUACGUCACGCAAAUGUGUACAUAGCAUUAAGCAUAAAUAACACACCAACAGUUUAAUAAAACUAAACUGCUUACAGGCGAAUACAAACAUACAUACGUUCAUACAUACAUACAAACAAGCGAAAAAAAAAUUUUUUCACGGUUCUUGGGUAUUUAAAUAAUGGAAUCAAACACCGAAAAACUAAUUCGAUCAAAUGUGUUUAAAGUUCAAUUUUUCGCGGCUUGCUCCGUUCGACUGCUUGCAUACAUUGCACUAAUACCAGGUCACAGAUAGGAACAAUUAGCACUUACACCGCCUCGUAUAAAUAAAAGUUAAUUAAAAAAAUGCGGCUUAUGUGGAACAUAUGCUAUCGUCCAGAUGCGAUGAUGGCCGAAGUUUGUUUUGAAGUACAUCACAAAAAAUAUUCGAAUCGUUUGCACACAAUUUUCUUGACUUUUGCGAUAGAUUAUCACAUCAUGGUUGAUUUAGCAUUUGCAAAUAAGCGAUUUUCAACUGGAAACCUGAAAGUGUACACUUUGUUUAGCACUCAGAUUUUAAAUGGAUGUGUACCUAAACACAAAAUAUGGUAACAUUUAUACUGGUAUCGCAGUAGGCUGCGAUUUAGUUUGUUCAAAGUCAUGUCAAUGUCGUCUUCGUUUGAAAAAACUUAAACUAGAGUUUCCACAAACAAACACUUUACACGAAACUGUGUUGGGUUGACACUUAGCAACGGAGGUGUGAGCAAACCCGAUUUAAGAAUCAGAAUUUCGAAACUGAUUCCAAGUCCAGUUCAAUGACAUUGAAACUAGGUUCGAGACUGGUUUCAAACAAUCCGAUGCGACUUAAGACUAAUGAUUAGAAAGGGCACAUACAUUUUUUACAUGUACUUUCUUCAAAUCAUUUCAACCCGUAAACUAUUACAUGUACAGGGUGCGCCAGCUGCAUGUACACUAUUUCACCACAGGCACAGUUGUUGCCAUUUUCAAUCGAUUUUCACAAAUAAGUAAGUUUUUUUAGGAUGUUUCAUGCCAUGACCACCUUCAUUGGAUACACAAAAACAAGAUCUUUCGCUGGCAUUUUUCAUAACAUUGGCCAGCAUUAUAUUCAAGCUUGUCAAACUAGCAAAACGAGUUAAUAGUUGAAAUGGCGCUGAAUUGACGUUUCAGUUUGUUCGUGUUUAUCUGUCAAAAUCGACUGGAAAAUAGCGAAGAUACUUAAUGUUAACAUUCAGAUGGAGCACUCUGUAUAAGCAUUGUAUUCAAGAAGUAGUAAAAAUUAGUUCAGCACUCUAGAAAAUAAAACACCGAAAAAAUUACAAUAAUUGCGAUAAAUUUACCGAAAAAAUAAGAAUAGAUUGCAUUUAUUUUGUUGAACCAUCGCUUGCAGUAAAUUUGAUGCGCGUCUCUUUCAAAGCGAAAAAUGGUAAAACAGUGUCCAAGCAUUUACAAAACUUCAUGUUCUUGUAUGAAAAUAAACAGUCAUUCGAACACCAGAAUAGAAGUUGUAGGAAAUCAAAAGGACACUCUAGAAAAAUAUACACUGAGAAAAAUAAGUCCCCAGAUUUGUGAACACGAAACUCAAGGCAAAAAAAUUUCUGUAGAAUAACGUAAUUCAAGUAAAUUUAAAGUAAUCUUAUAUUUUAUUUAGAGGAUCUAUUCUUGUAUGUGUUGUCGAGAUAGGCAAUUUCUGAAGAACGGAGUUAUUCCGGUAAAACUAUCAACUUCUGAACGGUUCUUUGAAAGGAACUGCUUUGGCCCAACUCCAAUGUGUAAACUUAUUGAAACGGCCGAAAAAAUGAAACAAUCAGAUAAAAUUCAUGUCUAAAUAUCUCGAUAACUGUUACUUUUAGAAGUAAGGUAACUAAGAACAAAAUUAUGGCUCAUAAGCUGUUAAAUCAAUGUUACGCAACUAUCUUCCAUAAAUGCUUGAAAUUUUGUAGAUGCUUCCAAAUUUUGUUAGCUGUAGCUUCUUUUUUUUUGAGAAAAAAAAGACAGAUAUCAAUUCUACGUCAAAUACGUCAUAAGUUGCGUAGUUUAGAAUAAAAGUAUCGCGAAAAAAAUAAAUACGCCAUUUUUCCAUUUUAUUUUUAAGGCAAUUUUCUAAUUCUCGAAAAAACUUUCAACUUGUUUUUCAGUGUAUAUUUUUUUAAAGUGUUCGAUUUACUUCAUUCAAGCAUUUGAAACACAAUCUUCUGAGAAAGUAACUCAUCUAAUUUUUAUUCAAUUCCGUCAGUUGACUUAAAUAAUUUUGAUUAGGGAAAGCUUGUUCUGUAAACGGGGUUUUCUCGUUCCAGCAACUCAUUAUUUUACAAUGAAAUAACCAUUGCUGCAGUCUAUAAUAAAGAGUAAUAACUACAAAAAAUUUAAGAUUAGGAAACCCAUAGUUUUUUUGUACCUCACACUUGAAAUGAAGAAACAAAAAACCCUUUUUACAGAAGAAGCUCCCCUAUAUUACACAUUCGACAAUACAAAAUAAGCGUAGAAGUUUCAAAUCUGCGAUUAGAUAAAUCUGGUUUUAUUUAAACGUUCGUUACAAAACUCCGAUAUUUAACCGUAAAUCAUUCAUUGAUUCAUCAUAAAUUGAUUUCAAUAUAAUUGAUAAAAAGUGAGUUGGAAACCCACAAAAUAUUAGAAAAUGUACAGCUAUUUAACAAUGUUCAUUUGAGUCUAAAGUUACAUAAAUCAGACUUCAGAGAGAGCUAUAAAUCGAAUAGAAAAUAUGUUAGACUAAAAAAACCGUAAAUUUACACGAUUCAUUUGUGUCGUGUAGUUACGUAUGAAAUAAAUUCCGAGCUUAUCUCAUAUAUUGAUACUAGGAACGAUAAACAGCCGAUAAACCGAUAUUGACAGUUGUUACCUUCCAGGCUACACGAUGUGGCCGACCGUUGUCAUGAUGAAAAAUGUCGGACUCGUGGUGUCAUGAACAUUUUAGCUUUUUUUGACCUGAUCAUCGGAAUCAUCGGAUAUUGGCAUCGAUUUGAUCGGAUCACUGACUGCGUGGCAUAUAUGUAUUGCGUUUUGAAUUAUUGGAGUAAAUUCAAGUUUCACCAACAGUAACAAUAGGAUGCAAAAACGACUACUUCUGUCAGUCCAACAACUUUUCGGACUUUGUAAGAGGGAAAGUAGGGGAUUUCGAACCAUUAGUUUUUUAACAGUUUUGCAUAAAACCAAGCGGGGGAAUAUCUUUUAAAUCAUUGUUUGGAAUUACUAUUUACACUCUGAAAAUAUUGUUUGCAUGAUAAAUGAUUCUGUAAUCAUUGACGGCUAUUUUAUUGAACAUAGCUUGGGGGAGUGUUAAAACACUACACAUUUAAGUAUCUUUAAUGUAUUUGUAUGCUCCUAAAUGUUUCUGCUUGGGAAAUAACAAUGAAUUUA